AUUUAUUUGUUUUUCCUAAAGCUAAUUAAGUAUUUUAGGAAAAAGUGUGGGAGCGGCCACCAGCAAGAGUUGGUGGCCGCACUCUGAGGCCACCAAACAUUUUUUUCCUGAGAACCCCUGUGUUAGAGAACCAAGAUGCUGAGAAGUUUUUGUGUAAUAGUCAGGGUUCGCCUGAUCUCACUUGCUUGUUUAUGGGGCUGUUAUUUCAUAGUCCUUUAAUGAGGUUAGAAUUCUUAAUUAACUCCUCAUUAUCCCGAUCUCAAGCCACACAGCAGGGGAAACUCAUGCAGGCAGGUGCCAGGGGAGAGUUUCUGAAUAGCUGCAAAACACAAACACUGGUUUCUCCAAUGCAAACGUUUUGUACCACUCAGCGUGGGAUGUUGGCUGCAGAAGGAAAUGAUGAUGGGGCUUGAAAUUACAUUAGGUGCCAGGCACCUUCAUCUUGUUCAGCUUCUCCCAUGCAAACUGCAACUCAGAUACUGCAUAUGGCUAAAGAGCAGCAAGUAAUGAGGGGGGACGGGGACACGAAAAGGCUUAGGCCAAGGCAAAAGUGGUUGUUUCACAUUUGUUUUGGAAAAUAAUGGAGGAGAGGCAGGGAGGCUGCUCUGGAUCGCUGUAGCUGCAGAGGAGAAGACUCUUGUACCCACUGUGGUGAGGGAGAGCAGAAACCAGCCCUAUGUAAGGAAGGGUAACAGGUGGAGGAGGGGAGUAAGAAAAGGCAGUGGUUCUCAACCAGGGGUAUGUGUACCUCUGGGGGUACGCAAAGGUCUUCCAGGAGUACAUCAACUCUAGAUAUUUGCCUAGUUUUACAACAGGCAACGUAAAAAUCCUAGCGAAGUCAGUACAAACUAAAAUUUCACACAGACAAUGACUCGUUUAUACUGCUCUGUGUACCAUACACUGAAAUGUAAGUAAAAUAUUUCUAUUCCAGUUGAUUUAUUUUAUAAUAUGGUAAGCAUGAGAAAAUAAGCAGUCUUUCAGUAAUAGUGUGCUGUGCCACUUGUAUUUUUAUGUCUGAUUUUGUAAGCAUGUAGUUUUUAAAGGAGGUGAAACUUGUGGUACCCAAGACAAAUCGGCCUUCUGAAAGGCGUAGAGGAGUCUGGAAAGGUUCAGAACCACUGAGCUGGAGGGAUUUAAAAUCAAGGCUUGGAUAUGGGGAGUUGGAACCAUUCUGAGCAGGAGAUGGAGUUCUAGACCUCCCAUUUUCACUUGGGCUCAGUCCCUACGUGCAGGAGUCACUUUCUGGUGCUGAGGGAUUAGGGGGUGCUCUACUGGAGGUACGAUGCACAAUUGCACGUCUGAUGGCAUUUGGGAAAUCCAGUGCAAGCAUAGCUGCUGACUCUUCCCUGCAGCUGUAUUGACUGUGCUAUCGAAGGAAAGGUCAAGCCCUGCUUAGCCGAGGAGGCAAACAUCCCGAGGAGUAAAUCUUUUCUUCCAGAGAAGACGUCUAGACCCAUUUCUGUGUUGAUAGUUGUUUGAGUCAGCGCUCUAAUGCCGCAUGACAUUGAUUGGGAUAAUUCCCUAAAAUGUUUAGUGUUUUUUCCAAAUAAAUUAGCUUCCAUUUUUAAAGUCUGACUUUGCAUCUGCUCUGGGUACCUGAUCCCCAUUGACUUCACCCAGAUUGCUGAUUUGGGCUUCCGCAGGGCAAUCAAGAAGCGUAGUUUAAAAUCUGAAAGAGGUACGUGCUUCAGUGUGUAGGAUUUAUCACCUUGGAGACCAUAGUCCAGCUAGUCCCAUAUCCUGCUUCCACCAGCAAGCGUGUACCUGAUGCUCCAAGGAAAGGUGAACAGCCUUUCCCAGCACUAGAGUGCAGCUGAAGCCUCUCAGUCUUUCCAGGGACCUCAGCAUGGGUGUGGGGAGGAGAGUCGCUCCCUGACCCAGGCAGGGGAUUAGUUCAUACCCUGGAGUAUGAGAUUCAAUUGCCUUUGUACCAAUGUCUUCCCAAGGUAUUAGUGCCAAUGAAGUUAUCCAGCCCCCUGAUAUAUUUUGCUGACCUCCUGCAGCAGUUUAGCGUCUUUGGCCAGGCUCUGUGUUAAAGACCAGACUCUCAGUACUCAUCUGCCCCUUGGCAGACUAGUCUUGCAGUGCCCACCCCUCUAGAAGGAUUAGUAAGACCUGGGAAAAGAGUGCAGUUCAGGACCAGCCGGGAGUUACCAUCAGGCAUUGAGCAACAAAAUAAGCUCAACCAAUUUAAGAGCUGGGCACUCACCAAGCCAGGAACCGCGCGCGGUGCUGCAGGGUGGGUGACAGCUGCAGGGAAUCAAAGGUUUUGUCAGAUUUUUGCUUGAUGUUUGACUGAUAAAGGUCUGUGUUAUGUGCUUUAUUUUCAGUUUUUGAAGUAGAGCAGCUGGAGCAACAAUAACAAUUGCAGUUCUGUCUCCCACACAUAGCUGCUUGGUCGGGAAGCAGAUAUUCCUGAGGAGGAAUCCCUUAUCAGAUCGGGGCAAAUCUCUGAGGCCUGAUCUGUUUCCGGAGUUGUGCUGCAUCCUCAGCAUAAUUUUCCUGGAGUCGGUUGUACUCCACGGGCCCCUGCAGCCCAGCGUCUUGUGCAGCUACUUACAGAAGUGCAGCGUCAGUCACUGAAUUUGUGUUCACCUUGCACUGCAGUGAAUGACUGCACGAGGCAAAGGGUAGCUCUACCCGAGAAACAGUACAGUGACACAGCUGUGCUGCUGCCGAGGAGACACUGACUACAGCAGCGGUUCUUUCAUCGCUGUGUAUAUCCACCUCUCCGAGAGCAGUGACUAGAUCAAUGGAAGAAUUCUCCUGUCAACUUAGCUGUGUCUGCACCAGGGGUUCAGUCAACCUAACCGUGGCGCUGCAAAAGUUUCCCCAACUGAGUGCUAUGUGACGUGUAGACCAGGCCGUGGAGUAUUAGCUCAGGACUGUAAAGAUGAGGCACUGCUACUACAACGAGAGUGUGGGGUUUUUCUACAACAACAGCCGGAAGGAGCUGACCUCCUACUGGAGGACCAAGGAUGUUUUGGUUGUUGUCCUGGGCCUGACAGUCAGCGUCAUCGUGCUCCUGACCAACCUGCUGGUCAUCAGCGCCAUCAUUAUCAACCGGCGCUUCCACUACCCCAUCUACUACCUGCUGGGGAACCUGGCGGCAGCGGACCUCUUCGCGGGCAUUGCCUACAUGUUCCUCAUGUUCCACACGGGGCCCAGGACAGCAGGGCUCUCUCUCAGGACCUGGUUCAUCCGGCAGAGCCUCCUGGACACCAGCCUGACUGCCUCGGUGGUGAACCUGCUGGCCAUCGCAGUGGAGAGGCACCAGACUAUCUUCACCAUGCAGCUGCACAGCUCCAUGUCCAACCAGCGGGUGGUGAUCCUGAUCAUCUGCAUUUGGGUCACAGCCCUGCUGCUGGGCCUCAUCCCGUCCUAUGGCUGGCACUGCCUGUGUGACCUGGGCAACUGCUCCAGGAUGGCGCCCCUCUACAGCAGGAGCUACUUGACCUUUUGGGCCCUCUCCAACCUGGUCAUCUUCCUGAUCAUGGUGGUCGUCUACACUCACAUCUUUGUCUAUGUCAAGAGGAAGAUGACGAGCAUGUCCAAGCACACUAGCUUCCACCCCCGCUACAAGGAGACCAUGAUCAAUCUCAUCAAAACCGUCAUCAUCAUUCUCAGCGCCUUCGUUAUCUGCUGGACUCCAGGGCAGGUGCUGCUCCUGCUGGACGGCCUGGCCUGUGAGAGCUGCAAUGUGCUGGCAAUGGAGAAGUAUGUCCUCUUGCUGGCAGAGAUCAAUUCGCUCAUCAACGCCAUUGUCUACUCCUAUCGGGACAAUGAGAUGCGCAGCACCUUCCGGAAGAUCCUCUGCUUUAUCUGCUACAGGAAUCCCAAAUACUCUCCUGCCUCGGUCAAGUCCAAUGUCACGAAACGCAGGAUUCUCUCGCAGAACGGCCAUUCUAUCAUGGACUCCUCACUGUAGGAGCCUAGCUCAGGGUUCAUUCACGCUGCUCCAUAGCAACCACCCGAGAGCAGAGACCAGGGGUGACCUGUUUGUCAAGCAGAAGAACGUUUAAAAAAAACGAAACUUGUUCGAAAGCAUAAAUGUUUGAAUAAAGAGUGGCGUCAGCAGAAUGGGGCGAAAAGUUGUUAAGGCAGUGCCGAGCAGUGCCUUGCUUGGCACAGACAGACUUUGAGUUACAUACCCACUAUUAAAGAGGUGCUGUUUUUAACAGCACUGUUGAUUUAAUCUAGUAGCCUCCAAAAGGCUUGCUCCACGUUAACCAAGAUGCUUGUACGAGUAUUUCUACACGAGAUACGUAUUGUCUUAGUUCUUCAGUAUUACUACCUACAGGAAUGGUCAUUCCAGUGCUGUGGUAUUCCAGGGCCAGAGCCCAAAGUCGUUUUGCUUAAUCUGUCCUUACUUAUUGAAAUCAGCAAGAACUUUGCUUGAGACUUUUGCCUGAGAGACUUCUGACCCACAGAUUUUGAAAAUCCUGUUCUCUUUAAGGUGUCUCUAGGGAAGAUCCAGUUUAUGUGAAUUCCUUUAUGAGAAGCAGUUUGCUGCUUUGGUGACGUGUCUGUUACUGAAUUUCCAAGUAUUGUGGGCUUUUCCAGAAUGUCUGAGGAACACAUACCACUUUCCUGAGCUGGAGAGUUAAGCUGCAGCUAAAAGCUCCAAUAGCAUUGUUGUUCUGUUAAGUGUACUACACAGUACUUUAUGGUCUUGACUGCAAAUUCAUUGCCUAUUCAUGAAGAUACAGUGAGUCAUGUUCCCAUGAAACUAACCCUUUCUACUCACUAAGAGCCCUUCGAUAGCUUUGUGUUGGAGUCUGAGGCAAUCAGCACUUUCCCCUAGAUUUUAACGUGCAAUUUGUAGCUUAACCCUCAAUUGUUCAAAUAGCAUGUAAACACCAUCAUUUCAAUUGUGGUCUUAAAGGCAAACCAAGACCUCUUUUUGUCUCCGCACAGCACAGAAACAAGAAGCAUUUCUCACCAUCAAUAUGCUUAGAGCCAAAUUCUCUGCUGGAGUAACUCCACUGAUUUCAGUGGAUUUAUGGCACCAGAGUAUUCGGCUCUUGACAUGUAUGUGAACACUGCGAUGAUAUAAGUUGUGAUUGUCAUUUUGGUGCCCCCUUCUGGAGGAAGACAUUUUGCUAUAGAGAGAAUAUUUGUGACACUGGCUGUGUGGGAGACUAAACAAUUCUCCGAACUUCUUCCAUGUCAUUAACAAAACUUUAGGGUGAGAUUUGCAAAAGCACUCAGCAUUGGCCUGAGUCUGCUCCCUUGACUCCAGUGGGAGCAGAGGUAGACCAACACCCGUAACCUUUAACACAAAAUAUUUAAAUUUUUAAAAAGUAAAGAGCCUGAUCCUGUCAGGUGCUGAGCUCCCUCAACUCCCACUGACAUCAGCACGUCUCAGGAUCGGGUCCAGUGUUGUUUGGGGGAUUGCUAAGCCAAUAUGGAAGCCAAUGGAAAUUUGCUGUCUCUUCUCUCAUGUCCAAUGUUACAAUCGUAGUUACUUCUGUUUAGCUAAUGACUGUCACCAGCUGUGGCUCAGAAAUCCAGAUAGAACUAAGAAACAGCUUUCAAACAUGUUGCAUAGCUUAGUCAUGCUGGGAGAGAGAUGUUACCUUUUCAACUUCCGGCUGAGAGAAAAUGGGCAGUGCUUUGCUUGACUGGGAGAGAAUUUUUGUAUCUAAAUAUUUUCCACCAAAAAGAAAAGAGAUUAACCCUGUGGAACAGCUGCAGUUGCACCCUGGGCUUUAUGGGCUAAAUUCUCCGCUGGUGCAGAUUAGCACAUCUCCAUUGAAGUCAAUGGCCAAUUUCCACUAGCAAUGAGGUGGGUCCUAUAUUUGUAGACUCCUGGGGAUUUGUCACUGGUGGUCUUCUGGGCCCAGUACAAACCUAACAGUUUUUCUACAGCUUCUGCAAAAAGUCUUGAAGCACCAAGGCAAUAAAAGUUCCUUUGUCUGAAAAGCAAAGCAAAAUUACAUUAGAAAUAUUUGUCCAGGCUUCCUCUUUUAUUAAAAGGGAAAAAUAAUUAAAAGUG